AUGCCUCGGGGACGGAAGUACGCGCCGCACCUCGUGACCAUCUCCGAGACCGCCACCAUGUCGGUGAGCAAGGAGAAGGAGCAGAUCGAGCGCUCGCACUCCGCGCCGCCUGAAGCGGAGCCCUCCGACCGAAGUCUUCCUACUACAGCGUCGAGACGCUUCCGGUCGCAGUCGGCCAACAGCAACAAAUACGGACGCUCGAGUCUCCACAACGCCGUCCGGAAGGGCGACAAGAAGGCCAUCAGAAAGCUGCUCGAGACGGAACCGGAGCUGCUCUACAAGGCCGACAGUCGGGGCAACCACCCCCUGCACUACGCCGCCAGUCCCAACGUCCCGGACGGAGCAACGGUCGUGUACAUGCUGCUGAAGGCCGGCGCGGCCGUGAACGCCCUGAACGACCGACACCAGACGCCGCUGCUGAUCUCCGUCAUCUCGAACGACGACGACAACGACCGCGUGUCCAGAGUGCUGCUGUACCACCACGCCAAGCCCAUGAUUAAAGUCACGGACGACCUCAUGCUGGCGCAGUACGCCACCUCACGGGGGCUACACAAGAUUGCGGCUGCCAUCCGAGAGUACAUGUGA